AUGCUUGUUUCGAUCGCCAGCGUCUAUGUGUUCACAACACAGUGUUUUGCCUUGAAGAAAUUCUUUAAUAUCGUAAUGUGCCAUGACUUCUCCAAAGAUGAGCAACCUAUGCCCGAGACUGCAUUUGCUGUUACCCCUCCCAACAAGAUUGAUGUCUCCCACGAGGGAUGCAGUCCGUUGAGACUAAUGCAGAGUGCUAAGGUUUCUAUUGGCCUAUUAUUGGCUAGCGGUAUACGGCGUAUCCCAGGGAUAGGCCUGGGGAUAGCCUCAGGAAAGGAUACCAACGCUCUGUUAGAAGUGACAGUGUCUCGUAAUGCUAUGGAGUCUGUCAAGGUUAUGCUGACCAAGCCAGUGGCGCUUUAUGAUAUAAAACGAGCUUUGCGCAAUUACAACGAUAUUGCCGCAAGACCUCAGCGGAGAUCCUUUCGUGGUCGCGUGCUGAGUUUAGCUACCUGGGGCUUCGAAAUCAUGGAGCGCCUCGCGCGGUCUCUCCCUUCUUUGAGUACUCACGGUGCACUUCGACUCAGCUUUAGCGGCUUCGUGUCGUUUGCUGGCGGUCUCAUAAGAUUACCCUUCCGCAACAUUGUUGUACCAGAGGAGAUCAUACCGUUGCCGCUGGCUCGACUCGAUCUUGUGGGCUACUUCGCGACGGCCGCGGGUAAUCAUAUGUGUGUUCAAAGCAAUCACAGUAAGGUCAAAAUGGAAGAGGAGCCAGAUGAGUUUGUGCGCAUGUUGUCCGAUCUCGUGGUGGAGGCGAAGUUUUCGGCGGUCUCGAGAUUUCUGGUUCCUGAAGUGGAGAUUGCGACGAUUAUGGGAGAUCUUUCCGUGAUAACGACGAAAAUCUUCCAGAAGGCUGGCGAGUCGAAAGUGCUGUACAUGCGUGCUGCAGCGACGUAUCAUUCCGAUUGUGGAGAUGGCGGAAUGAGUAUCUCCUUGGACGAACUGAAGUUGAGGGAAGAUUCAGCGUCGAUUCUGAAAGCUCGCUGGACUGGCAGCAAGGUUGAUCGUCUUAGAAAAGAUGCUCCUUUGAUGGGAAAACUCUCGGUGGAAAUGUCCGGUGUGUCGAUGCUUUCUCAGUCAGCAGAAAUGGUGGUAGAGUAUUGUAAUCCUGUUGUUAAAGGUUGCGUACACUGUCCAAUAGAGAUAUCCAAUCUGGCGAUUUCCGGAACGACUGAGCUCAGGGUCGAAGCUUCAUCGAUCGCUAAGUUAUUGGAUGAUAUCACGGAGAAUGUCAAGAUCGAGCCGGACGUUCAUCUGGAAUACAGCUCUACUCUUUCCCUGUCUAAGGGCCUUAUUGACGACGGUCUGGCGAAGGUGUAUGGGAGUGCUAGAAACUUUGAAAUAUGCGGCCGAAUCGAAGCCGAUGAGAAGACCCUUGAGACUUCGGAGUGGGUAGUGAUAUCUGCUGUUGCGAGAACGGAUAACGCCUUCCCCUUUGCGGUGUCGACUGUGGUGCCUCUGCCGGUUUUCCCGGAGCUGAACAUGUCGAGUAGCGAUAAGGUUACCAUUGCUGGUUCGGCUAGGCUGACGGCGAGCGGAGCUUUCAGAGUCUCUAAGAAGGGCGUUACUUGUGACGACUCUGUUGUUGAUGUGGAGGUAUCCAAUCCUGUUCGAGCGAAGUUUUUGAGGAGGGAAGUGGUGUUGCCGUCGAGAACUCAUCUUAAGGCGCUUAUAAGGAUGCUGCAUGUGGGUUAUGACGGGUUGGCUCAAACGGAUAUGGUGCUUGUCUUGGACGAGACUUAUCUCCACUUCUCGGGGUGUGAUGGUGACGGGACUGCGGCACUGCGGUUGAGGCCAGUCACUCUACCAAUCAGCAUCAGUCCUGUUGGCGGUCUCGACUGCGGCGAGACCAUCAUUGGCGCGCUACUGAGGCCUGACAUAAGAGGCGCUGUAUUUUUGAAUACCAUGGAGAAAGUUCGAGCAGGACAGGAAGAUGAGUUCUUGAGAGGCCUUCGUGAUGACCUGGACGGUGUUAUCAAAGUAUUGGUGCCUUCACUACACUCCUUUAUAUGGCGAAUCGUUGACGAAGUUAAACGUGCUAAGCGUGUGUUGGAGGAGGAAAAGGUCACAGCUCCUCUGGAUGUUAUACCCAACAGCAAGUUGGGUCGGCUGGUCAGCCUUAUACUAUUCAAAGACGACUCGAGAACACAGAGAAUCAGCAGUAUCGUCCAACAGGUAACGGAGGGUGACGGCUUGGACAAGACAGCGUGUAGGGAGUUGAUCGAGGAGUGGAAGAAAAUGUUUUUACCAUUGAAGAUAACGGCCGGGUGUGAGGCGGAGGAGGGCAGUAGUAAUAGUGAAGAUUCGACCGAUGGUGGAGAGAUGGAGGCGAAUCCUCUGUGGCAACGAUAUGAACUGGACCCGACCGAGUUCAUCUUGUUCGUGUUGGGAAAGAUUUUGGCGCCGACUGAGCCCAUAGAGGCUCCUGGAUUAAAGCCUCCGAAGUGGCAAGAUCCUGUCUCUACUGAUCCCUCUAUCCGAGUUGAAGGGCUGGAUAGGCUGCCGAGUGCUAGCGACCUCUACAAUGGGGACCGUCGAGCUGCUGACGUUGCGACGUAUCUUCGUACGGCGCAGGUGGCUUGGCUGUUGGAGCACGCGGAUGAGUUUGGUUACUCACAUGAGGAGAAGAGGAAACUAGAAUACGUUUUAUCACUUAAACACUUUGCAUUUAGUAUUUUUGAGAACUACGGGGGCCUGGCCUUCGUCCCGCAGUCUCGUGUGGUUGGUCUGUUCCUAGCCGACGUGGCUCGGGUUGAGCAGGAGUUGGCUAAGCGACAGGGGUUUGAUUCGAUGAAGGCCGCUUUGGAGUGGCAGCAGUUGAGGGAGGAGGCGGCCUCGGAAAGGGAGAGGUCUACGAGUGCAGAUAUAGGUAGAAGUAGUAGUGGUGAUACGUUGGAGUUGAGGUCGGCAAGGUCGGGCAGUGUAUCGGAUGGGUACAGCACUUGCAGUAGUGGGGAGGGGGAGGACUCGACGAUGGAGGAAGAACCACAGUUUACUGAGGGAGGGUUUAUACCCCAGGGCUUCCUGCAUCGAAUGACGCUACAGAUGAAACCGGUGGAUCACGAGGUAGCAACCGGAAGGUCCCCGGAUCGAUUCCUGGGAGAGGCAUUUUCCUUCUCAGGCGCUCUUACGCGGACCUGGCGAUGUGGCUUCGAUGUUGGCCUCUUGCUUGGCAGCUCCGUGGGCAGGCGCGGUAGUGCAGAAUAUGUUAUUGCAGUACUGUGCGAGUCGUCACAGAAUGGUUCGGCUCGGGCUCUGACGAACAUUCUAAUGAGGCUGUUGGAAAUACCCCAGGACAGGACUAUCCAGCGCAUGGAUGUAGCUGCACUGUUGGAGGAGAAACUAGGGUACUCUGUCCCUCGAAGAACUGACUAUAUGGCGGGUGGGAAGAAGCCGCGGGAUAGCUACUACCACGCUUGCAACGUUCUGGCGUCGAAAAUACUCAAAGAGAAUAUGGACCAGUACCUCGCGGUGAAGAACAGGCUUACUGUGUGCUAUAGAGUGCAAGCAACGGCACCUUUCACAGAGGAGACGAGAGGGCUGGAGGAAGCGGCGAUCGCUGCGAUAGCAGUGACCAGGAGACCUGAAGCGACGAGAGACGAUUUUGAGGAGGCUUUCGAGGCGUGCCGGAUGGCGAUCGGAUCGGACCGGCGAAUAGUGGAUCGAGAUUGGUGCAAGGAGUUUAUGCUGAGGAGCUAUGAAACCUUUAUGGUAUUGUCGAUUUACGAUGAGGUGGUGGGAGAUGUGGAGCAGUCGAGAGGCUGGCUGAUGGUGUUGGCGGGCACGGAGGAGCUUCCUGAGGAUCCGGUGGCUCUAGUGGAAGUCAUUGUGAAAUCGGUGUAUCGUUAUGAAGAGGACAGGGAACGUAUCUUGAAUGAUCCGUUGACGAAGUUGAUGUUGAGGAAUCCUAAGGGUCAUGUCAAGCUGGCGUUGGUCUCUGCUAUGGGGGUUAUCUCCGAGGGGGCUGAGGGAACUGAACUUGCCGAGACUUUCCAUCGCAUGCAUGAGAAAAGAGGCUUGCAGGUCGUCAGAGCCGAUACGGGAACAGGUCGAUCACUAGAGUACAACGCUAGGAGGGUCAUAGAGGCGAUCAGGAAAAUCGAUGGUGACACGGAGUGGGGAUGGCUGGGCUAUUCACAGGGAUGUGCCAAUGCGUUGCGAGCUGAGACCACCAUACAGACUGGUACUCCUGAGGAAUACGAGCUGAUCCAGGAUAGACUGAUCGGGCGUAUGUUGAUAUUCAGCGCAUUCAAUGGUUCGGUGCAUGGCCAACUUGGUGACGAUAAGGUGCAAGCUGUCAUCAUGGACCUUGAAUACUUUAUGAAGCUAUUACAGGCCCAUUUUUCGUCGCAGUUGGCGGGCUCGGCGUUGAAUCUGUUGACAUCUGCUUUGGCGUCUCGUUUGGUAACGGAUUUGCUCGUUGGUGUUCAGUCGUUGACACACGAAGGGGUGUUUACGUUGUGGAGAGACGGGCAGUUUAAACAGAGUACUCCGACGGUGGCGAUGAGAGGGGCGGUGCAGAGCAAUGUAACGUUGCCGGAGGUAUUGGAAAUGUUGAGUAAUAUGCUCACUAAGCAGACGAUUAAUCAUGAGCAUCACGACACGCAGGUUACGAUACACGAAUGUGUUUCGCGAUCAAUCCAUGUUCGUAAUUCUCAUACGGACGUCUUUGCGCGGUCAGGCGUCGAUGCGGCUGUGCAGAGGACCCACCAUUGGAGCCCUUUACUGAAAGAGUCGGCCUUCGUGACCACCGAGCGUGACCGUGAAAGACACGUAUACGAUACCGCCAAAGACCGACACGUCGAGCCGUGGCUCGAGAACUUGAUCCGUUUCGGCCUGGUGCCAUUCGCGGCUGAAGAAUGAGUUGUUGCGAUUUCUGAUGAAAAUACUGUCAUUCGAGUGAGUGAGUUUU